GAAUAAACAAUAUGCUGAAUAAUAAUUAUUUUUUUUCUUUGCAAAAACCUUUAGUCUCUUGUUUUUUUCUAGGAUUGGAAGAAAUGUUAACGCGUUCAAGACAUACUGAGGGAAAUGAUUUACGGAUUACAAGUCACCAAAAUAAUAGUGAAAACAAGAGUUUUGUUAGUAGAAUAGAUAGUGAUAUUAAAACAGAGCAAACGAAAGGUCUAGAGGAGAAAGGAGAUAAGAGCGAGUUAUGGAAGGAGAAUGUACUAAACCUCUUUGAGUUUUCUAACCUGUAUCCGUUUAUACAUAUCAGAAGCAAAUAUGGAUGCUUUAUUUGUACAAAACUAUUUCUAGAUACCACCGCGCUCAGAGAGCAUUACAGUGAACACACAGUGAACGAAAUAGGCCUCGCGUUAAAUCGAAUUAAAGAAAAAAUUGUCAAGGUCGAUGUGUCCAACAUGCAGUGUAAAAUAUGUGGAAGUACCCUCGAUAACCUAAGGUUGCUCAAGCUCCACUUGCAAGGUCACGGAAAACGUAUCGAUCCAAAUAUACAAGAUGUCAUACCAUUCAAAUUGGAUGGCGUUGAUUUUGAAUGUCAAACGUGCGGAGAGAAGUUCUUUAAACUGCGCCUCUUAAUCAUACACAUGAAUAGGCAUUACAAUAACUACAGUUGUGAGACGUGCGGCUCCGGAUUUAUAUCACUCAAUCUGUUGAAACGUCACUUGGAAGUGCAUCAGGUUGGCUCAUAUCCCUGCAGUGUAUGCGAGAAGGUGUUUACUAGUGCAGCGAAGAGGAGCAUCCAUUUGCGUGGAGUUCAUUUGAAGCAGUACCCUCGCACGUGUCCAAUGUGCCCAGAACGGUUCAUUUCGAAUUAUAAGAAGAUUGUCCAUCUACGAUUCGUUCAUCAUCAGAGCGUCGUUCUGCAUAGAUGCGAUACUUGCGGCCGGGAGUACAACCUGAAAUCGCAGUUAGAAAGGCAUGUGCGUUCGGUGCAUAUGCAGGAACGGAAAUUCGAAUGUGAGGUGUGCCGUAAGAGGUUUUUCACUCAGUACAGAUUGACGAGGCACGGCCUCACUCAUACUGGGGAGAGGCAUUUCAAAUGUCCGGUGUGCGGGAAGCUGUAUGCGAGGAAGGAUAAUAUGGAAACGCAUGCUAAAUCUUGCAAGAAAUGAUUUAGAUCGAUGGAUUAUUGUAAAUUUGUACG